CUCGUGCUUUUCCGUAGCUGUCACAUCAUUCGUAAGUCAAGUCAGCAACGUUUAGUUGUCAUGGCGGAUGUUUUUACUUGAAUAGUGCUGUUUUUUGAAGUUUUUCAAUAUUUCACCAACAUUUCGUAAAAUACAGCCGUGUGCAGCUAGUAUGAAUUAUGCCAUCUUGUGAUGUUCACACUGACCAAUCGAAACAAAUUUAGAUGAUGGACGCACAAAGCAACCACGGAUCAACAGGACAUCUUCCUCCUGCAAGCGGGAUUGGUGGGGGGAUGCAUCACUCCUUUUCAACACCUGUUGGGGUGGAUGGUGGAGGUAGCCGAACACCGCCUCCAACUCCAAAAAGAGGGGGUAAAAUGCUGGCAAUAAGGAUUCAAAUGUUGGAUGACACCGUGACAAUCUUCCAAAUUCAGGCCAAAGCAAUAGGAAAAGUACUAUUUGAUCAAGUUUGCAAACAACUACAUCUUUUGGAGGCUGAUUAUUUUGGAUUAGAAUAUGCGGAUACUGCAGGAACAAGGUACUGGCUCGACCUACAGAAACCUCUCUCUCGUCAAUUGGGCCUGUCACUAGUCGACCCCCUUCUCUACUUUUGUGUCAAAUUUUACACUCCCGAUCCAGGACAGCUCGAGGAGGAGUUCACCCGUUAUCUGUUUUGUCUUCAAGUCAAAAGGGACCUGGCUCAAGGCGUGAUGCAAUGUAACGAAAACACGGCAGCUCUGAUGGCUAGUUAUAUUGUACAGGCCGAAUGUGGGGAUUUUGUCACUGAGGACUAUCCGGAUCACACAUACUUGUCCACGUUCAAGUUCAUUCCAUCGCAAGAUCACGACAUCGAGAGAAGGAUCAUGGAAAACCACAAAAAACAUGCAGGCCAGUCGCCUGCAGAAGCUGACCUGAAUCUUCUGGAAACGGCAAGAAGAUGUGAAUUUUAUGGGAUUAAAAUGCAUCCAGCGAAAGAUCACGAGAACAUAGCUCUCAAUCUAGCUGUAGCACAUAUGGGCAUUUUAGUAUUUCAGAACUACACCAAAAUCAAUACGUUUUCAUGGGCUAAGAUUAGGAAAAUAUCGUUCAAAAGAAAAAGGUUUCUCAUCAAAUUACACCCUGAAGGAUAUGGUUUUUACAAAGAUGCUGUUGAGUUCCUUUUCGAAGGGAGGAAUGAAUGUAAAAAUUUCUGGAAAAAAUGCGUUGAAAAUCAUGGAUUCUUCAGAUGUUCAUCAGUUAAAAAUGUAUCACGACAUAAAACAAGGGUUUUAUCACGAGGAAGUUCAUUUAGGUAUAGCGGCAAAACUCAGAAGCAGAUCAUUGAAUUCGUCAGAGACAACUACGUAAAAAGACAGGCAUUCCAAAGGUCGGCUUCCUUUCGACAUUCAAGCGCUCAUUCUAGUGCUACCAAUAUGCACUCCAACACAGUGGGCAACAGCAUUUCAGCACAUCCACUGUUGCCACUUGGCGAUACCAACUUGAGCGUGGAAGCAGCCAAACUCUCAGCAUCUCUGGGCUCGACGGGAUGGUCAGCAGCGGCAGCGGACCACCCGGCUUCUCCGACGACGAGGUCAGCCUAUCGCCAACGCGGCACACCUACGACCUGGAAUACGGAAUACACAACAACACCCAGCAGCCGUGCGCCCCAAGCGGCAACCGUCGAACGCACAGAAACUCGGCCACCUGUACCUCCGAAGACGACGAGCUCGCAAUCAUCUCCUCAGACGACGCGAUCGCCAUCUCCGGAGACUUUGCCGAUCACCAGGCCUACGCAAAGUGUCCCGGAUACAGACGAUCGCAAGAAAACAGGAGUUUCGGAUGUCCACAGACCGCCGUACAACAACUUCCACCCAGACGAUCUCGAAGCAGCUGUUCGCAAGACAGAAACAGGUAUCAGUCAAAUAUCCGUCAAUGCUAUCAAGAUGCCCUGUAAUAACCUUGUCAAGUCCGAGGGUUCCCUCGACCAAACCGCUAUGUUCCCCCACCAAUGUAUUUCGCAAACUCAAUCUCACAACGAUGUCGAUAGAAGGAAGAGUUCCGCUCACGUUUACAACGCUCAAAACGGCACAGAACACACUUGCGCAUCGGUCAACAGAUCCAGGCGGCUCGUUCAGAGAAGCGCCAGCUGUAAGGAUCUGUACGAUUACAGUUUCGAAGAGACCGGUCAGGCUAAGCGUAGGGUUAAGAGUAAGCAAUCGCAUGUUAUAGAGUCCGAACGCAAGUUGGAGUCGCCGAUCACUCGGUAUGACGACCACAAGUUGGUGUAUUCGACUAUUUCGCGCGAGAAUAACCUGGAGAUCCACCAGGAUAUCAUUAUGACGGACCAGAAGGUUUACUCGAGUAGUUAUCCCGGUACCACUUCCUACUCUCAGGAAUCCAUGGAAGACCCUGGGAAUUACGAUUUGAAGGAUUCCCAAGAGGAUCUUUCUCAUGAUAGUUACGAGCUGUUGCAGAAAUCUGAUGAUGACUAUGACGAGAUGAAAAUGAGAAGGAUUAAAAAUGCUAGGAGUUGCUCUUUGGAUUCCGGCAACUAUCUUUACUCUGACACGGACUCUGACGGUAUGGGGCAACUGAAGUGCAAGAGUAGUUCGGAUGUGCAGAUUUUCAUGACCGAAGAUCCCAGGGAUUUCCCUAGAGAGAAAAUUCCCCGGAAAUCAGAUGGGAGUUACUAUAAAACCUUCAAGCAGAAUUCCAGACAAUCCAGUUUGGAAUCCAAGAGCGAUUACUACGAGUCUAAAACUGUCAAAUCGGGAAAGGAAAGAGGUAGCUCAGUGUCUAGAACGUCAAGCCAGGAAUCCAAGAACGAUUACGAUAUGAAGAAGACUAUCAAACGCAACGAGAGUGGCGACUCUCGAACUUCUAGCUUUGAGUCCCACAGCGAGUACUUUGACGCUGCCUCCACUAAAUCUGAUGACAAAUCCAAACACGAUUAUGACAGAAAAAUUGUUUUCGAACGUAAUUACGGUGUGCAAAAACCUAAAGCUAUAGAGAACGGAAUCGUCCUUCCAGUAAUUCCGUGCAACGUAGAACCGGAUCAAAUCAUCUGCAAGAGUCAGAGUUCGGAGUCUAGCAUGACGCCCAGCCAGACUACGGUAACGCCCAAGUCCAAAACCACGCACAUUUGGCCCGAGAAUAUUCGGGGAAUGUCGACUGAAAUAAUGGAUUGGAACUGCUCCAAGCCUAGUACGGACAAAUCCACGGAUUCUGAGAGUAACAUCUUCAGUUUCGACGAGGAUAAAAUCCAGUCCAUUCGAAAAAGCGACAACGCUUGUAGGGUUGUUCCCGACUUAGAUUUGCUCCAGACUAGUAGAAGAUUCCAGGAUGUUUUCGUCGAGAUUGAGCCUCGUAAAUGUAGAGAUCCUCUUCAGCUGCAUCAACCUAUCGAACGUACCAAAUCUGAUCCGAAUUCGUUAGCUAGACAAAGACCUAACUCCGGUACCAGGAGAUUGCUUCUGAUGCACCAAAAGUCCAUCGACUUAACACCUGCUGAGUCAAGUGAUGAUGAGUAUCUUUACAAACAAAUACCAAGUGCUCCACCUAUAAUGAAGUGUCGUGGUUCCCACUUCGAGAUGCCUUCAGCUGAGUUCGGUCAUUUCGACAUCCUCAAACGAGAAAUCGAAGGGCAGAAGAUCAAGUUCGAAGUACCGAAAGAACAGUUCGAGGAGUUUGGGGUUAAGACACAAUCGGAUUUCAUGAACUUACCGCCGAAGUCUAACGAAAUACCUUACAUGUUACAUAAGAGGCACAUAAUCAACGCAGCUGCAGACAACGUUGAAGUGAUAAAGACGCCAACAAAAGUUAUCGACGAACCUUUAGAAACCAGGCAGAAAAGUCCGAUUAAAAUAGAUUCCGAAUCUUCUUUCUUAUUCACUCAAAACAUAGACUUAUCAAAAAUUGAUCCAGUCACUUUGGAACUCGAUAAAAACGAAAUGCCUAUCCAGCAUUUAUCCAGUCCUAAAAGAGACAUAACACAUAUAGAUCCCGUUCUCUUGGAAACCCUCAACUCUAAACUGAGUCAGAUUGAAAGCGAUUCCCCUAACAGUUCGAAAACUGAAAGUGCAAAACCGCAAUUAAAAUUCACCGUGCAAAAAGAAGAACUAACAGAAAAGAAAGAAAUUGAAGUAAGGAUCGAAGAACCUAGCAAAACAGAAUUGAAAGAAGAAUUGAAAAAAACUGUGAUCAAAGAUAAACUGAAACCUUCCUGCAAACCUAAAAGGAUAAUCAAACCGAGAAUGCAACCGAAUAAAGGAAAAGUUCACAAAAUGAAUAAGACUAAAGUUAGAAUAACAUCGUUUAGUUCUGACGAUGAAUCAUUGGAUUCUGAUGAUGUUUUCGGUAGUGCCGAAGCGACUCCUACUAGAAUAGAGUUCUCACCGCCUCAAAUGAGGAAGGAGAUGGAAUCCAUACUUAAAUUUGAGUCGGAGAGAAAAUAUUUGCAGUAUACCAUGUCUUCGACCGAAGUUGAAGGAUCUCCCCCACAGACAAGAAAAAAGACUGAAAAGAUCGAAAAGAACGGGUUGGAAGCAACAGCAACGGAACUCAGAAGAAUCUCUGAGAGAUCCAUUUCAAUUCCAAGCUCUGAAGAAGAUUUCAACAUCAAAACUUCUGAUAUGCAAACAGUAUUUGUUGACGCCACUGAUGUUUUAACAACUGUAAACGAAUCUGACGACAAGUCUUUGGACGAAGACACUAAAGACCAUACACUGGUGGAAGAUUCCGACGAUAUAAUAAAAAGAGACAAACUUUUAUUGCAAUCGGAGAUAGAAAACGAUAUCAAAAACCUUCAAGUGCCUCCUCGUACAACCAUCACAGAAAUAAUAUCGCCAUCGUUGCAAAAGAAAUGUCAAAGUCCUCUUCUCUUUGCUCAUGCCAGGCUCAACUUAUCGGAAGGUUCUGCUUUCUCGAUGCUGCAGAAACAGCAGGCAACAGAAUCACCUCUUUCUGGUCGUAGAGCUAUAAGCUUGGACGCACCUGUGAUCCCUAUUAGUAAACUUCCACCAUUGAAUGCGUUUUCAAGCAAAGAUGACACAGUUGAAGAAGACGAUCAAGCUAUGGGUUUCGACGCAGGGUAUUCUUCCAAUGAGCCACAACCUGAAAAAUUGUACUCACAAGAAGACAAGAUUAUAGACGAAAGUGAAGAGAAGGAGAAUUCACCAAUGUUGAUAGUUCCAGAGAAAUCUACAAAAGCAGACAGGGAUCAAACUGUUCCGGAUGUACCUAAGGCUGGCAAGUCUCAGAAGAUUGGGGUUAGUACCAAAUCUUUGAGCAAAGUGAGGCCUAAAACAACGACGACGCCAAAAACGUCCAAAGAGGAUAUGCAUAAGGCAAAGUCUAAACCAGCUCUUCCCGUUAGAACUACCUCAAAACAAAUCAACACAAAAUCCAAGCCUCCUAUUACAAAACCUUCUGAGUCAACGCAGGUAAAACCAAAUAUUACACCUACCUUGGCCGAGACAAAGAAAAGUUUAAUAUCAGACACUUCAUUGAGUUUACCUGAAGUUAAAAGAACAAAGAGCCAAGAGACAGAGCCGGUGAAGAGACAGCUACCAAAAGAUCGUCCAAAAUCUUUGGAGAAACUGGAUAUCAAGAGAAUGUCCAGUAAGGAAAGAUCAAAGUCACAAGAAGAAGGAGUAACAGAUAUAUCCAAACGAAGAGAGAAGCAACAAAUAUUAUACGAGACUGCAAUAAAACAAACGAAAUCGUUGAAGAGUCCUGUCAAAGAUGUGUUACCAGUUUUUCCACAAGUUGAAGAAACGGUGCGUGAAAGGCAUGGAAAAUUAGAAAUAAGCAUAAAUACAAUCGAUAACACGGCGGUUCCUAUCGAAGAAGCCAUAAUCAUAACCAAAUCGCCUAAAAAGUUAGAUAAGAAGAUUGAUAAGUUCACCAAAAGCUUAGAACUCAAUUUGACAGAUAACGAAGCCGAUAAUGUCAAAAUUCAGAGGUUAGGAAAAAGUUUAGAUUUAGAUGACAGACCCAGAACCAGUACUGAUUCAGAAUUUGAUUUCAACGUGAACCAUGAUGGUGCCGAUCUCGAUGAAGAUAAGAAAGAUGUAGAAGAAGUGGAUAAAAUUGUGUUGGAGGGUACUAGUUUGGAUGUAUGGUUAUCAAUGGAUGAGAAGAAUAAGGAAAAACAUGAGAAAUUAGCGAAUAUAACGGUCAUUCAAGCAGGUAAUUUUUUUCAGAAGGAUAUCUUUGAAAAACCGCCGGAUAUUGCUAAAGUUGAAAACGUCGGUUCUUCUGAUUCUCAAGUUGUGGCUAGAUGCGUCACAGAAGAUCCUGCAGCUUCCUCUAAAGUAUCAGACAUGGAACUCAACGAAGCCUGUGCUGUCAUCGGUGAUUUCGACAAGAAUGGAAUUGAGAGAAGAACAAUCAAUAUUGAUACAAAGCCUGAUUUGGUUAAAGAUCUGAUUAUAAGGAAAAACAGUAAUGAAUCGUUAACUGAAGUCAGUGACAUAAGGCAUGAAAUGCAAGAAAUCGACAAAAACACCUUAUCUGUUAAACGAACUUCUAAAGAAGCUCUUCUCAAUUUGAGUAUUGAAAGGAGUAGAUCUGAAGAUACAGCUUCUUGGUUGACUAUGGAGUGCGAUGAAUUUGUGGGGACAGAAUCAUCUUUCGAUCUUGAAAAUGAAUCGCCUGACAAAGUAAAACCGAACAAAAUGGAUAUGGUUGAGAAAGAGAGAGAUACGUUACAGGUAAAGUCGUUAAAAAUGGAUUUUUUGAAGAGGAACUCUGAUCAAUCCAGAUCGAGUGAUACUACUGGUAGCUGGACAAGUGGAGAGAAAGAACUGAGCCCAAAUAACGCCAAAGAUGACGAGUCCAGUCUAAGUUGCUCGAUGGGUAGAGUUGUUGGACUUAGCCAACCAGAAUUAUUCUCCAGACCUGAAAAAACAUCACCGGAUGGACCAAGAAGUCCGAGGAGCCCAAGAAGUCCAAGGAUGUCUGUCCUAGGCAGGACUUUCACGAUAGAUGAAGAUUUCCAAAAAGAGGAAAAAUCUAGUUCGGACGAAGCUUAUGAAAUACCUAGAGAUCUGCCACCAACUCAAGACAACACCUUGGAUUUGGCAAUAAAGGUUAGGAAACCUUACCCGUUCGAACAGAAGUGGUCGAAUGAUUCUGAGUUGUCCCAAAAGUUACAUCGGAAGCUUUCGAAAAGGUUGUCAUCAGGAGAUAAAGGAAGUUUGUCGUCUAUCGACGACUCUUACUUGGAGUUGAACAAGAAAUGCAGAGGAAACGGACACAGAUCUCUAAAUUCGAUUGAAAAGUUGUCUACGGAAUCCAGAACAUCGUUAGAUACUGAAUCAAGCUCUGGUAGUUUGGGAGCUGCUACCAGGUUACAAAAGUUGGAAGACAUACCAAGGGAGUUAAGUUCAACCUGGAAACCAUUUCCAUUGGACAGUUCUGGUUCUGAAAGCUUUGACGAUGGUCUCUUACCACCAGACCAAGAUAUGGACUACAAAGGAGACUUCUUGUGUAGGGAUAACUCAGUCAAUUUUAUACAAAGUGAAGAUGUAUGCAAAUCAGAAGAUUUAACACCAACUCCAGACGAUACUGAUAUACCAGAAGACCUAGCCAACUUUGCGAAUAACUAUAGAAAUUUCGCUUCGAACAUACAGGAAGCUGUUAGUAUGAACUUGCAGGGUAUAUCUGGCCAAACCGGAUUCCUAUCCAGGACUCUGUCGAGGAUCUCCGAAAGGAGUACCAACUCGGAAAAGUCAAGUUUGGAGGACGAAUCGACUAAGGCGAGCACCGGAAGUGGCAGUAUGAACGACGAAUCCAUGGAUCUCAGCAACCGUCCUGGUAGUUUCAGUUCUGAGUCUCCAAGUAACGCUGCGCAACAUUCUGAGAAGUCUAAAAAACGAAACUCUGAAGAUAAAAAAGCGGUGGUACCAAAGUGCGAGUUCGAACAAAUGCCGCACAUCAGUAACUUAUUACAAAGACAAAUAUCGGACGACCGAAGGACCUCUGCUGAAAUGGCAGAGUUGUCAAUGGACGACAUCGAGAUUAUAACCUCAGAAAGAGGAUUGAAACUGCGCAGGCAAGGCUCUGACGAUACAAUCAUAGACGAGGAAUGUUUCGAGACUGAAUACAGGGAAGAAAAACACGGAUCCAGUAGCCAAGAAAGUGAGGAGUGGCCUUUACCAGAUAUUCCAGGAGAAGCCCAGAAGAAAUUGAUGGCUCUGCACGAAGUUCCCAGUUCAGACACCUCCCAACAAACCACGCAACUCUGCCAGACAACCAGGCAGAUAAUUCCCAAAACCUUCGGAUUAAGAGCCUCCUUUUCCUUGAAGAGUCAAGAUUCCGAACAGUGGCCAAGUCCGCCUAGCAGCGUAACAGAACCAUUAGAGGGUAAGGUAGAAACCUACUACGUUACGCCACCCGAAGAACCAUGCAGAGUUACCGUGGACUCCCUUUCCAACGUGAGCACGCAGGAAGGAUCGAAUUCUGAUAACGAGAACAAAACUAUCGACAUGGAAACUGAGAAGACGCAUACGUACGAAAACGUGGCUACUGAACAGAUCAGCGGGAGCUUGUCGGAGAGUUUGAGUGCUGAAAUAAGCGGUGUUAAAAUUGUACUUCCGAAUAAAUCUGGUACGUCGGGAGAGUCUAACUCUGACGAUGAUAAUAACAUAUCGAAUUUGAACGACGACGUUUUUGUGGACGCCAUGGAAGGGCACUCCAGGCAUGAAUUGAGGCCUCCUACGGUGUUGAGGAGGAGCACCACUUCGGACGAGUCUUCCCACUCGGGAAGGAGGGAACACAAGAAGGGUUCUUAUUCGGAUGAAGAUUGUACCAGCUCGAUGGGUACCAAUCUUGAGGAUGGAACUGUUAGGUUCGCCUUGAAACCCACGAAAUGCACACAUAGUUCCCACUCAGAAGACACCUCUAUAGCUUUAAGUUUCUCCGAAUGGUCCAACAGUACCAACACUGUAAAAUUCCAAAAUUUAUCAAGCAACAGCGGCACCACCAAGAGCAGUUCUGGUUUAAAGAGCGAGGAGAAUUCCUUGACCGACAUGGCGCAAUCUAUCUCAGAAUGGUCGAGCAGUAAUAGCAACGCGCUGAAGGUGCAAAGCUCGAAUUUACAAUUUCAAAAAAUAAGUACUGACAGUACUUUGACAGAUCGGAUACCCUCGUUGUCAGAGAAGUCUGGAUCAGAUUCGAAAAAUCUAGCCAGCCAAUCUACGACCUUGGGGUUCAAGGAGAACCUAACUGAUAACGUGGAGCUCAUAUCGAAUGAAGGGUAUAUAAAUCUACCGAUUGGAUUGAGAGGUUUCGAUGCUAAGAUUUUUUCCAAAUCUACGGAAAGGCCUGUUAAAAUUCCGAUGUUGUCUGAUACCGAAAAAUCCAGUAGUUCUGAGCACAAAACAGUGCACAGUCAGAGAUACGACAAAGAUAAACCGGUGAAUUUUCAGAUGUAUCAAGCGAAAAGUAUGGAAAGUGGUAAAGAUCCCAAAACUAUAUUGAAAUUGUCAAAGUGCUCGCCUUAUUACUCUAGUAGUCUUAGUUCUGAAUCUACGCCAUUGGCUAGUACAAGCCCUGUGGCUCUAAACAAAACGGCUACGGUGCCUCUGACUAGAACCCAUCGAAAACCUAUCUCCAAAUGUUUAUUUCAAGCAAAGAGCCCACCGAGCGAAAACGACUCUACUAGUUCCUUAGAAUCGCCCAAAUGUAAAACAGACAGAGACCGAAGAGGUUAUAGAAGAAGAAGACAGGCGCAAACCCAAAGAAAACCCAAGUUGGACAAAGAAUACUACAGUGUAGACGAAUACAUCUACGUUGAACACGAUAGCAAUUGUGAAGAGUACAAUGAAUAUGUUAGAAAUAGAAAUAUGGAAGAGAUGGCCUCUAGAUUCCAGUACGAAAACGUCUUUUCUCAAGAUCAACGUCAACGUAUACGUUAUAGUGAGGUGUUAGAGGAAGGUUAUUAUCCUGAUGGUGACUCGCAAAGUGGUUCGGACAUCUUUAGAAUGGAAAAGGAGGAAGACGAGAAGUUUGAGGUGGCAGAAACCUUUGAUCUUAGUCUGAUACCCCCACCCUUAUUGGAGGACGAUUUUGAAGAUGAGCACCAGAAUGUUUGACCUGAAGGGUAAUCAGAAAAAUGCAUUAAUUUUCUCAAGCACAUUUUGGUGUCAACUGGUAUUGAAGUGGUGAUUUUUUUUGUAGUGGAAUCGAAAACAGCUGUCUAAUUUGGUCCAUCAAGGAUAUAAAGCUGAAAUGAUGACUCUCAUCGUUAACUACUUGAAUUUUAGGUUUUUCCGCCACAAGGACUCUCUGAAAACAAAUUAAGUGAAGAAAGAGAACUCUAAAAACACAAAGAAACAUAGGGAAAUUUAAACUGAUCUCAAAUUGCGACAAUCUCCCUUAUAAAUGCAUUCUCAGAAUCCUUUAUGUAGCUCAGCAGCUUAAAUCAAAAUAAUUACAGAUAAGUGAAAGUGGUCAUGCUCAAAUAUAGCUAACCUUACUACCUCCUUUGUUUAGUUAAGACACUCGGCUUCGCAUACAGGGUUGAAGGUCAUUUAUUUGACCUUGGUGUCAAAUUUUUAGCAACUGCACUUCUGUUGACGUUGCAAAUUUUAUGGCUCAUAUAACCUUAAAAUUUUUGACAUUCGGAAAACUGACGUAGGGUAAUAUUGCUCCAAUCUUUUUUAGAUAAAUGUUGACAUUUUUUUAGAAUUCGAAAUAUAAUUGAACAAUCUGAUUCUUUCCAAUUACUACUAUCACAAAUCAGUAGUGGAGAACUAAUUAUAGAAGAUUUAAUAAUUGGAUUGAUGAAUAUUUUACGAAUUACAUAAAUUGUGUGAAUUGUCAUAAAUUUACGGAUAUUGCAUGGCAAAAACAAAUUAUACUCUAAGUGCAAAAGAAUUGUGGAUAAACGCGUGCCAAAAAUAUCUUGUUGGAAGCUCAAUAUUGAAUUUUACCCUUAAUGGUCGAGCGAACAAUUUCGUAUUUGUAAAAUGACAAUGAGAUUGAGUUUGCAUUGUUUCGAAUUGUAAAUUCAUAAGAUAUAACUGAGAUAUACUGUUCAACUUAAUUAUAGGGAUAAUAAGCCAUGUGCAAUGGUGUUUUGUUCUGUUGAUGAAGGAGCAUUUUCAGUUCUUUUAGGUCAUCCCCAAAGACUGAUUGUAAAUAUAUACAUAUAAGUAUAUACAAAAGAUAGUUCUAAUAGCUAUUUCUUCGAUUCUCAUCAUCGGCAAUUGUAAUCGAUAUAAUAGUGCACAUUUAUUAGUGAGUAAAUCCAAGUGAAUAUAAACAUUUUUUGGAAUUCUUCUGGUGAAGUGAAGUGAUUCCAGAUAAUUUAUUUGCUAUGGAUUAAUCAGAAUUGAAUAGCUUUCCAUUUUUUAACAAUUCGAAUUGUUUUCGAAUCACAGUAUUAUAAACAUGUAUAAAGUAUUAGGAAUGUUUACGAAUUCGUCAAGAUCCAUAAUUUUCUUUGUUAGUAAUUUUUGAACCUUAUACGCCAAUCUCGUAAUCGAUAAUUCCAACUCCAAGUUGUUCUACGAAAAAUAAUGUUUUAUAUGAUCUCCCAUCUCACUGGGCGAUACUGAUGAUAUUUGAGUCAAAUCAAGGUACAUAAUAAACAAGUUUAAAUGAUUUUCCCUAAUCUCUCAAUAUGCCUUUCAGUGACGAAUCUACAUUUUGGUUGACUGAAUAAAAUUGAAUUUUCCCUUUUAACUCGAACACUGUAUUGGAUAUCGAGAGAUUGUGGACAAAAUUCUCUGUAGAUUGUUGAAACUCGAAACAAUUGAAUACUGCACAAACUAACUUUAGAUCUUUCAAGUCGUUCUUUGAACCUUCAAUAAGAAAACACAAAAGACCAAUUUCUUUAUAUUGAGUUAGGUUCAUAUAAUAAUAUAUCUGUAUUGUUCGACUUCAAAAGAACUAGAUAAAAGGUAUUUACUAUUACCUACGAUUCAACAUGACAAUUGCAAACUUUUCUUGCAUAAUUACUAUCACUUUUUGUACUCUAAAUGUCCAAGUGUGUGUUUAUAAAUAUUCAAUUUACAUUCGAGGUAGGUGCCAAAUUUUUAAUCAUUUCGUGUGUUGUUAUUCUAUUGUUAUCGUUCAAAUUUGAUCUCAUUUCUCUAGUCAAAUGUAUGCUGGACAUCAUACCACUAUUUCUGGAUAAUUUCAGAAAUUAUAUUCUGAGUUAAUAGAAGUUUUUUACUUCUAGUUGUUUUGGAAGCAAAAUAUGAAAUAGAAAUAGGAUUUCCAGUUAAUAUGAAAUUAAUUUUUUUCCAAGUGAAAGUGGCAAGACUGCACCAUGAAAAACUAUCAUCAAGCUUUAACAAAUGUAGAAUUUUAGAAUGAUUAUUUUGAUGUCCAACAUUGGAUAUGUUUCAAGGAUCUCAAUAGUUGCCAAAAGCUGAACUUUUCCAAAAACCAAAACUUCAUCAGAUGUAUAGAUAUCUUUACUCUCAUCGGAACGAAAAUAGUCCGGCCUAGGAUUCUUAUGUCAAUAUAAUAAUUCAUGGAACGUUGAUGAUAAUGUUUUAUCCAUUAUCACAAAAAAUUCGUGAUUUAUAGGUUUAGAAUAUGAUGAAUAUAUUUUUCUGUGGAGUUUGUUGAUGGUUCUUCCUAAACUUUCACCACUGUUCUUAAAUAUAAAUAAGUUAUAUCACCAAAUUAGGCCAUAACUUUUUCUCAAAAAAAAUCCCAUUUCUUUUGAUAUCGAUAUUUCAUCUAAAAACAAUCUUGGAAUUUGUGAUAGAAUUGAGGGAAAUCAUGGUAGAUCAAAAAAAAAUCAAAUUAUCAGUAGUGCAUGUUGAUUUCCUCAAUCUCGUUAGAUUUCAUCAAAA